CGGCUGGCUUUAGCCAACUAAUAAAUCAACCGUGGAAACUCUAGGACUUUGUGAUAAUGGAGCGUGAAACCCACACUGGUAAUGGUCAGCAUACCAUCGACAUCCCGAACGAUGUAGAUUUUCCAUCAAGCUUGUCUACGGGUGAGGAAACGUCAGACAAUGGCGAAUCUAAUAUGGGAGGGGCAACUGCCCACCACGAAUUUUAUCCGCCAUUGACGUCAGAUGAAGGCUCAAGUUCAUGUACGAUUGGAUGGAAUUCAAUGGAGUUUGUAUUCACUUUUGUCCAGAUUGUUGCAGCGUUAGUAGUUUGGACUCUAUCAAAAGACGAACAUCCACGAGCGCAAUUGUUACCAUGGCUCAUUGUUUACACUUGUGGCUGUAUUACCGGUACGCUUCUUCUAUCUUGGCGCAUGUAUAACCAAGUUAAGGAAUAUCCAAAGACAAGAGUGGAUAGAGUGAUGGAGGGAGUGAAGACUGGACUAGAAUGUUUCUUUGUUUUGUGGUUAAUUUGGGGAAUUUCUUGGAUUAGUUUUGACAAAUCAUCUCCGUCUGGUGCUCCUAAUCUCUAUAGGUUAUGUAUAACUUUCGUUGCUCUCAGCUGCAUUAGGUUUUCUGUUGCAUUAAUUCGAUUAUGCACAGAUUCUGAAGGGGAAGGUCAAGAAGGUGGAUUUGAAUUUCAGGGACAGAUUAAUGAUGAUUCUUGUUGCAUUUGCUUGGAGAAAUUUGGAGAGAAAAAGAGAGCCAUAAGAAAACUUGAAUGCUCCCACAUGUUCCAUUUAGAGUGUAUAAAACAAUGGCUGAAAGUGAAAAGCACAUGCCCUCUCUGUCAAUCAUCGGUCGUGUGAUGAUGAGAAACAUGGUCGGAUCUGAGAUUUUGAAAGUUAUAAAACAUUUUUUAGUGAUCAAAGGCGAUUGUUUCACUCCUUGUAUUUAGAUCCGACCCCGAGGAGAAGGGAGUGGCGAUUAGAAAACAUUUUAGAGACUUGAGACAUGUUUACCAUACACGAAUUUUUAUAAGGCUUGAGAUAAUGAUUUUUAAAAAAGUUUGAGGUAUUGCAAAUAUUAAUGGUGGAUUAUAAUAUAUCGUGUACUUCUUUCUUUUGCUCAGUCAUUGUUGUAACACUCUCUAUAUCUUCGUCAUUGUAUAAAAAUCUCACGUCUCAUUCACUGAAUCCUCUCUUAUCGUUAUCGUUGAGCAAAGCAAUACUGAACGACAAAGGCCUUGAGCAUCUCUUAUUGUGUACAAAAAAACUAAAAGAGAACAAAAACGUAUAGAAAAUUCACCAAACUGAGUCGUAUUUCCGGUUAGGCAUUUGUCUUUCCCGGUACAGGUUGGGUUCGCUUUGGUGAAGAUAAACAUAAAACCGAACCGGUUUGGGUUGUCUCUCGUUCCGGUUUUAUUCGUAUGACAUGUAUAUAGUUUAAUUCUUAGUUAUGGCAAACGGAAUUACAAGUGGACGUGCCGGAGUGGUUAUCGGGCAUGACUAGAAAUCAUGUGGGCUUUGCCCGCGCAGGUUCGAAUCCUGCCGUUCACGUUUUUAAAGUUUUAUUUUCCUUAUCAUUCCCGCCCAACCCUAGAUUACCACUGAAUCCCCGCUUUACCUCAAAAAGAACAAGCUUUGAUCCUAGCAAAUAAUCCAAAACCUGGAGAUUUCUAAGUGAGUUCACACCUUUUUUUUUUUUUUUUUUAAAUGCUCAUAGCCUUUACCUUGUUUAUUAUGUAACACUACCAUUCAAAUAUGAAUUUUUUUUCGCUGGUUUUGAAAAACAGUUAAUCAACGAGCCAUAUAUCAAUUAUCAAGGCGCCCUCGCAGACCUGAACUUCCAGGGUAUAUGUACUAUGACCCAACUCUGUUACUGCAUGUUCCAAUAAGAUACUUAUAAUUUCAAAUUACAGGAGAAAACGGGGUGUAUACAAAGCAUACGUACACGGAUAGUGAUCUUAUUGCCCUGAAAGCUUUAGAAAAGGAAAACCCUGUUCCUUCUGAACAAAGGUUAGAGAGGACAGAGAAGUAGAUGGUGAGCGAGAGCACUUGUAGUAGGAAAGAAAUAUCAUGAGCUACAGUUUUGUUUGACCAUGUUCUCUAACCAUUUUGUUAAGUCUCUAAUAGCGUUGAGCCAUUGUGUUCUGCAGAUAUAAUCGCAGACACAGACAAUAUUUUGACUGAGUUGCUUGUUUGCUUGCUCACAACCUGGUUAGUUUCUCCUCGACCAUUCAUGACUUUUAUCAACAUAUUUUGUAUCUCUUGUGACUUUAUUUCUGAUAUAGGCGGAAUAUGCAUCUAAAGAGGAUGCAAGAAUGGAACCUUUUACUGGAGAUCAUCCCAUAUCAGCAAGGUAUGAUAACCUUUUUCACCUUCAAACUUUAGUGAAAUCUCAAAAAUUAGACAAGCAAACUAACAUAUAUCUCCUUAUGUAGCUUGUACAUACACCUCUAUUGACAAUCUCGGUUCACUUAAAAGUUGUGACUCAAAGUUUUUUCAUCAUUGAUUCUUUCUAUGUUUAUCCUUUGCAAACCACUAAAGGUUUUCUUAACUGUAGUGAUCCUUGUUUUAAAAUCCAUGUUUAAAGUAACUCACUGAACAGAAUCGUUAGAUUUUGUUGUUUUUCUUAGAUGUUGUGUGUUGUUAAUAGAGAGUAUAUUGUGUGUUUAGGCUUAGUUCAAUUAUAUGAGCUUACUUAACAAAACGAAUAUGAGAGUUCUUUAUUGACUUCUUCUCAGCAGGAGGAGGAGGCUCACAACUCUUCACCCAAACAUACAAAUAAACGAAGAAAGAGAGGAUCUUGCGAAAGCAAUAUGAUAAAGCAAAGCAAAACCCUUCAUGGUGAGAGUGAAAGUGACCAGAGCAAACGAAAACAUUAUCCAUUCGCUACUAAUGCUUCAAAGCCACUCUAUCGGUUUAAAAAUACUAAACUAUGACUCUGAUUAAAUUGAAUAAAGAUUAUAAUCGAUAUUUGAAAAUAAAACUAUAUUACAUCAUACUGGUUCUGAAAAAUAUAUUAGAUACAUGUAAUAAUAAUUUUAAAAUGCAAAAAGUACAGUAUAUUUAUGUUUUAACUAAUAAUAAUAAUUGAACUACAUUAUUAAAUGAAACAUAAUAAAAUAUGUAUAUAAAACAUUUGGUGUGAUAAAUAGUGUUACACCAAAUUUGGUGGAAUGAUAUAUUUUUUGGCGUUCCACUGGAAAAAAAAAACUACAACAAAUUUGGUGUUUUGGUGUCUCAUUGGAAUUGGCCUAAGUCAAGACCACUUGAAUACUGGAGAGGUGAAAGAUUCUUUUACGGACGUAUCCAUGAGAGUAAGUCGCAUAUUCGUUAUUUUACCAAUUCAUUAAAUUUUUAUCUUUGUUUAGAAAGGUUUGCCUACUGUUAUCGGCAUAAAGUAUUUAUCGUCUACAAAGAGCUAGUUGAUCCAGCUGCCUUGCACUGAAGAAUCAUAAUCCUAUGGGGGAGUGUUCAAAGCAAAUCCUCUUGAUAUGAUGAUGUUUCGCGUUUACUAUUAGCACGUUGGGUCCAAAACCUAUAACACUCUUUUCUUUUUCAAACCGCAACUGUCUCAACUUUCAACUGGUUUCUUUCAUGUUGCUAUGUCAAGUUACCUUUUGUCAUGUUGAUUAGUCUCAAAGUCUUUGGUAUCCUUUACGGUACCUUUUGCCCCCUUUGACUAUAUUAUUUUAAUCUUUUUAUCAAAGAUAUUAUAUUAGUUAUUAACUAAGGGUGGUUAUUUGAUGCAAGCUGAAUUAUCCAAACUAAAAUCAAUCGUGGGUCAACAUGCCAAAUUUUCUUAUAAAUGGUUCAUGACUAUAACUUCGAAGUUCUGAGUUUGAAUUUUUAAAAAUACAUGUUUUCUUACUAUUUUAUAUGGAAUAUAAUAGGGACAAUUGUUAACUUGAUUUGAUUUUGUUUUAUUUUCCACAUUAAAUAGAUAGCUAAAUUUGGUUUUAAUUCGAUAAUUUCAUUUCGAGAAAUUCUUGGGUUCACCCCCUAGGGUGAACCUCUAGGUUCACCAACCAAUAGUGUUUGAGUAUUUGAUAUUUGAUAUCUUUUAAAAAGGGAAACACAAUUGAAUAUCCAAAUUAAAUUAUAUUUUAAAAAUAAAAUAAUAAAAAUACAUGAAAAUAGUUACAAAAAAUAAAUAAAUAAAUAUUGUUAAACCUUCAGCAAAAUACUAAACCCUAUACCCUAAAUCCUAAACUCUAAACCCUAAACGUUAAACCUUAAACUUUGGAUAAACUCUAAACGUUGAAAAAUCUUAAACCCUAAAUCAUACAUUAAAAACUAAAUUUUAAUAACACUAAACCCUAAAUCCUAAUCACUAAACCCUAAACCUUGGGUAAACUAUGAACCCUUGGAGAAAUCACAAACUCUAAGGUUUAAUUUUAAAUAUUUUUGAUUUAGAGUUUAUGAUUUAUCCAAGGGUUCAGGGUUUAUCCAAGGGUUUAGGGUUUAGUGAUUAGGGUUUAGGGUUUAGUGUUAUUAAGAUUUAGUUUUUAAUGUAUGAUUUAGGGUUUAAAAUUUUCCAAUGGUUUACGGUUUAUCCAAGAUUUAAGAUUUAUAAUUUAGGGUUUAGAGUUUAGGAUUUAGGGUAUAGGAUUUAGUAUUUUGCUAAAAGUUUAAUAAUAUUUAUUUAUUUAUUUUUUGUAACUAUUUUUAUGUAUUUUUAUUGUUUUAUUUUAAAAAUAUAAUCUUAUUUGAAAAUUCAAUUUUGUUUCCUUUUUUAAAAGAUAUCAAAUAUUAAAUACUCAAACACUAUUGGUUGGUGAAUCUAGAGGUUCACCCUAGGGGGUGAACCCAAGAAUUUCUCAUUUCAUAAUAGAAAAGAAAAAAAUACGAAAUAUCAACGUUGAUCCAAUUAUCUAUACAUUUUUACGUGACUUCAAUAUUCGUCCCAGUCUUGAUCCACUUUUCCUGGAUCGUGUCGCGAAACAUACAUUUGAGUUGGUCGUUCAACUAUCACUUAUGGUCCUAACCAGUUGAUAGAAGUCGCAACGUGACUUUAGUACCACCAUUUUACUUUUUAGGUAAGAUGCCAAUAUUGGCAAAAACUCACAAAUUUGGAAGAACGUAAUAAUUGAAACCCGACCAUAUUACUUCUUAUACACGCUUCAAUUCUCUAUGACAAUAAAUGCUGCAUCUGAAUUUCAACUGAUGAGUAAAUACGCCUCUUGGUCUUUGGGAGGAACCUUUCUGGAAUCUCACCGUCCGCCUUUUGCGCUUGACUUCGGGACAACGAUUGAUAGAUACAAGGAUGGAUAGAUAAACACCGCUCAAGUAUUUAAAAACCAGAUUUUACUAAUUAUCUUACUUAAUUUGACUGGUAAUUAGAAAAUAAAUCACACACAUCAGCAAAUUAUAUCACCUCUAAGCAAGGAUAAUAUAAGAAAUGUAUAAAACAAAAUACAAAAGUUGAUGCUACUCACGGGAUAUCUACAACUUCUGCUUUAUUUCAUGUGAUGUCGACCGUACAAACAAUUAUGAGUCAAGUACUGUGUCUAUAUUUGUAAAUAAUAAAGCUACCAUGUCUCGCAUGGCUGACCAAAGAUUUAUGAGUUAAUGUGUGGAAUAUCCCCAAUUAAGGUCUAAAUUUGCUGAAUACCCAUAAUUAUGGAUAACCCAAAAAUGAGUAACAUUAUGACACUGUGCAGACGAAAAUGCCCUUAUGCUUUGUCGAAAACAAGCAACUCUAAAUUUAUCAGCUAAAUAUUUACAUAGCAGGUAACAAUCUACAUACCAACUAACAUAUCCGCUAAUAAUUUCAGUAUCAUCUAACAAUCUAUGUAUCAAACAAAUGUAUCGACUAACAAAUCAUAUAUCAGUUAAUGAAACUAUUAACAAUUAAUUAGUUAUCUAUUAAAUAGCUCCAAAUCUAUUUGUAACAGCUAACACUUCAUGUAUCGAUUAAGAAUCCAUUAAAAUCUAAAUAAUAGCAGAUAAGUAAUAAAAUACCUACUAACAUAUAUAUUAUCUAAAAGUUGAUUGUGAUUCGAAAUUGGAAACAUUGAAAUUGUGGUGAGAUAAUAAGAUUAGCAUUAUGGGUGUCAAAAGAAUCAGAAUAAAAAA